AUGCAAAGCCCACAACCCACUGCAAAAAUUCAACUUUCAGGCCCGGUUUUCAUUGAAGCCCACUACCCAAAAAAAAAACCCAAACUGCGAUCCUUUUUGAGGGUCGAGGAAUAUAAAAGACUACACGCAGACACUUGCGAGAGCCGAUUCAUCGCUACUUUCAGCAGACGACGGAAGGCCGGCAGCCGGCGAGGGAUUUUUGGGCGGAGGGAGUGCUUUCUUCUCUUUUUCUUCACCGUGAUCACCGGUCUUCGUUAUCUCCGACUGAAGGCUCUCCAUUCGACCCUUUUCGGCAGGAAUCUUGUGUCCAGGUUUUGA